CUAAUAAGUUGAGUCAGUUCUGUUGUGCAUUAUAUCCGUCAAAUACCGAAAGUCCAAACCCAGAACAGGAAAAAGGGGAAAACCGAAUCACUAUCAGAAAAACCAAAAUAAUUUAUAUAAAACUGUACAAUUUAUUGAGCUUCCGAAAAGCACGUCAAUCUUUCUAUUUGUCUCAUCAGAUCGAUCACUCCGUAUUCUUCAGGUAUACACAGGAAUCGGGAGCAUGGAUUUGGUAUCUGGUUAUAAGGGUGUUGUUGGUCUCGUUUUUGGUAAUGAGAGCUCUGGCUCAAAUGAAGAUAGCUACGUUGAACGCUUGCUUGACCGUAUAAGCAAUGGUAAGCUGGCAGAGGACAGGAGGAACGCUAUGGUUGAGCUUCAAUCUAUUGUGGCAGAAAGUCGUGCUGCGCAACUAGCAUUUGGUGCCAUGGGCUUCCCUGUGCUGAUGGGCGUGUUAAAAGAAGAACGUGAUGAUGUUGAAAUGGUUCGAGGUGCACUAGAAACUCUUGUAAGUGCAUUGACUCCUAUUGACCAAGGAAAAUCACAAAAGAAUGAGGUUGAACCUGCUUUAAUGAACACUGAUUUGCUUUCCAGAGAAGCAGACAACAUUUCACUUCUUCUGAGUUUGUUGGCAGAGGAUGACUUCUAUGUGCGGUAUUAUACACUUCAAAUUUUAACGGCUCUUCUCACAAACUCUCCAAAUAGAUUACAGGAAGCCAUUCUUACCAUUCCUCGUGGUAUCACUCGAUUGAUGGAUAUGCUUAUGGAUCGUGAGGUUAUACGAAAUGAGGCUUUACUACUUCUUACGUACUUGACUCGUGAAGCAGAGGAAAUUCAAAAGAUUGUGGUUUUUGAAGGUGCGUUUGAGAAGAUUUUCAGUAUCAUUAAAGAAGAAGGUGGUUCAGAUGGUGGUGUUGUUGUGCAGGACUGUCUUGAAUUGCUAAACAAUCUUCUGCGUAACAAUGCAUCCAAUCAGAUAUUACUGAGAGAGACAAUGGGGUUUGAUCCCUUAUUGUUAAUUUUGAAGUUACGAGGAGUUACAUACAGUUUCACGCAACAAAAGACAAUUAAUCUACUGAGUGCGUUAGAAACCAUUAAUUUAUUGAUUAUGGGAGGUUCGGAGGCUGAUCCAGGGAAAGAGGCAAAUAGGCUGACAAAUAAAACAACCCUUGUUCAGAAAAAAAUGUUGGACCAUCUUCUCAUGUUGGGUGUUGAAAGCCAGUGGGCUCCUGUUGCUGUUCGUUGUUCGGCAUUACGAUGCAUUGGUGACCUUAUUUGUGGACAUCCCAGAAACCUUGAGGCUCUUGGAAGCAAAAUUCUUGGGGAAGGACUGCAAGAAGCUGCUUUGAACUCAAUUCUGCGGAUUAUCUUGAGGACUUCUAGUACACAAGAGUUUGUUGCAGCUGAUUAUGUUUUCAAGAGCUUUUGUGAGAAAAAUGCUGAUGGGCAAGCCAUGUUGGCAUCAACGUUAAUUCCUCAACCGUAUUCCAUGACUCAUGCUCCACUUGAGGAGGAUGUGAACAUGUCCUUUGGAAGAAUGCUACUACAAGGUCUUACUUUGAGUGAAAGCGAUGGAGAUAUUGAGACUUGCUGCAGUGCUGCUAGUGUUCUUUCUCACAUACUCAAGGACAAUAUCCAAUGCAAGGAAAGGGUUUUGCGAAUUGAACUUGAGGCGCCCAUGCCAUCCUUAGGUGCUCCUGAGCCACUUAUGCACCGCAUGGUAAAAUAUUUGGCUCUUGCCUCUUCCAUGAAAAACAGAGAUGGGAAGUCGAACGCAUCAGGGAACUUGUAUGCCCAACCAAUUAUUUUGAAAUUGCUGGUGACCUGGCUUGCUGACUGUCCUAAUGCAGUAAACUGUUUCCUAGAUUCACGUCCACACCUUACAUAUUUGAUUGAGUUGGUGGCAAAUGAAUCCGAAUCAGUGUGCACAAGGGGGUUAGCUGCCGUUAUUUUGGGAGAAUGUGUAAUCUAUAAUACAUCACCUGAAGCUGGUAAAGAUGCUUUCUCAGUAGUUGAUAUGAUAAGCCAGAAAAUUGGGCUCGCAUCUUACUUUCUGAAGUUCGAUGAGAUGCAAAAGACGUACCUUUUUGCUUCUGCAAGCGCAGCCCAACCCCGCAAAUCACUUACAAGAUCUACUGCUGCUAGUAUGGCAGAUAUUGAAAAUGUUGAUGAAAACUACUUACCUGAUGGGAAAAAUGAUCAUCCCAUUCUGUCAUCAAUCUUUGAUUCUCUUUUUGUUACUCUAGUUAAGAGCCUGGAGGCAGAUAUUAGGGAAAAAAUUGUUGAUGUUUACAGUCAUCCAAAGAGCAAGGUAGCUGUGGUGCCAGCUGAACUGGAACAGAAAAGUGGGGAAAGUGAAGCUGAGUAUAUAAAGCGGCUGAAAGCAUUUGUGGAAAAGCAAUGUACUGAGAUACAGGAUCUUCUUGGUCGGAAUGCAAUUUUGGCCGAGGACCUGGCAAAGAGUGGUGGGGGCAGUAAUUCCCAUUCUGAGCAGAGAGUGGGUGGGGCCGCAGAUAGGGUCCAAGUGGAGACACUUAGACGAGAUCUAAAAGAAACAACUCAACGGUUGGAAUUGCUCAUGGCUGAGAAAGCCAAGGUUGAAUCAGAUGCAUCCAUGUACCAGAACUUAGCCAGCAAGAUCGAAUCUGACUUGAAGAGCUUAUCUGAUGCUUACAACAGUCUUGAACAAGCCAACUUCCAUUUGGAAAACGAGGUGAAAGCUUUGAGGGACGGAGGGCCUUCGACCUUCCCCGAUGUCAAGGCAAUAAAAGCCGAAGCGAGGGAGGAAGCCCAGAAAGAGAGUGAAGCAGAGCUGAAUGAUUUGCUGGUGUGCCUUGGGCAAGAACAGAGCAAAGUAGAAAAACUAAGCGCAAGGCUAUUGGAGUUGGGAGAGGACGUGGACAAACUGCUUGAAGGUAUUGGGGAUGAUGUCGGACUUCCUGAAGAUAGUGAAGAGGAGGAUGAGUAAUGCAAAAUUGUGCUCAUGAAUGAAUUGGCUUCUGUUUUUACUUCGUUGCUUUUGUCUUCCUCUCUCCAUGUACAUUUGUUGUUGAACUGUACAGUUACAAAUUUGGGAUGCUCAAAUUCUGGAUCUAACUUUUUUUUCUUAA